CUCCCAGCAGGCUCUCUGAGGACUGCCCAGCUGGCCACCAAGUCCUGGGGCUCUGGGGCUCUCCUCCCCAGAGCUGCCCCCAGAACCAUGGAGAGUCUGAGUGAGCUACAGAACCCACUGCUGCCUCGGAACCCCGCACACCUCCAUGGCCCCUACCCCUACCCCGAGGCUUCUCCCGCCUGGCCAUGCCGGGAGAAGAUCUACUCCUACCUCCUGGGUGGUGCUGGGCCUACUCACGCCCACCAGCUCCUGGACCCAGGAUCCCUGCAGCUGGCCGUGGAGGCCUGGUACAGGCCCAACUGCCUCCUGGGGAGGGACAAGGUCAAGGAGCCCAGGGCAGACAGCUGCGAAACCAGCUUCACAGAGAGCAGGGAGCCCCCCGCUGGGCCGACGGAGCGGUCCACAGAACCCGGCCAAGCGGAAGAGGAUGUCACCAUCCAGACCGUGUCCUACGGGGUUCAAGAGGAGCUCCAAGGCCAAGAGGACGACCAGGAGGAGGAGGAGGAGAGUGAUGCAACCUCGACAGAGAGUGAAAGUGAAGACAACUUCCUUACGCUGCCUCCCAGGGACCACCUGGGUCUCACUAUCUUCUCCAUGCUCUGCUGCUUCUGGCCACUGGGCAUAGCUGCCUUCUACUUCUCCCAGGGGACCAGCAAGGCCAUCUCCAAGGGGGACUUCCGCCUGGCCAGCACCACCUCCCGCCGGGCCCUAUUCCUGGCCGCCCUCUCCAUCGCCAUCGGGGCUGGUCUCUAUGUGGCCGUGGUGGUCGCCCUGGCAGCUUACAUGUCCCAGAAUGGCCACAGCUAG